CCAGCUGCGCUGCAGUUUUUUUUUUCUUCAAAUUUGUUUGUCUCGCAAAAACCGAAUUUUGUUUUAUUCCAAUAAACAAAGAAAAUUCUCAUAAAAAUUAACAAAAACUUAUUUAAAAACAUUGUGCAAUGUAAUUUAUUGUGUGCUGAAUAUAAAAAAUCGUUUUGCAACGAACAAAACAAAACCAACGUGCUUUUUAUAACAAAAAAAAAAAAGAAUAGAAAAAAAUUUCAAUUGAAAAAAAACCAUUUGUACUCAACUCACCCACUCUCUUUUCUUAUCCCACCACCCACCACCACCACCUGGCUUCGCCGCACAGCAGAGUGCUUUUUUCUUUUUUGUUGUUGUGGUGCUACACACAAAAGGGAACUUUAUUCAGCCGUCUGUCUGGACGGAGGAGGUCUGGGAUAUUGGAUCAUCAUUUAUUGGCUGAAAGAUGGAAAUGAAAAAGGUGCUGGAUAAAGAAGGAAGAGAUGCUAAGAACUUGCUGGCAUAUCAAAUAAGCUCGAAUAAUGAGACACCAUCUUCUCAUGAAAGAGCGAAUCUCCCAUUGCUUCGCAAGCCUCCUCGAUCUCCAUUGCUAACUCCAAGCAGAAAACACCAACAACAACUACGUUCAGCUAAACAAAAUUCCGGACCCCGAGUACGAAGUGCAUCAACAGGUCGUGAUAAGAAAUCUGAACUACAAGCUCGAUAUUGGGCAUUAUUGUUUGGAAACCUUCAAAGAGCUGUCAAUGAAAUCUAUCAAACUGUCGAGUGCUAUGAGAAUAUUUCUUCAUGUCAAGAAACAAUUCUUGUGCUAGAAAACUAUGUGCGAGAUUUCAAAGCUCUCAGUGAAUGGUUCAAAGUAUCAUGGGACUAUGAAGCCACACCCCUUCCACAACGACCACAUUCACUAACUUGGGAGGUGCGUAAGAGUAAUCCAGUGCCACGUGUCCGUGCCAAAAGUCUAUCUAGCCCAGUUUCAGUAUCAGGAAAAUCAAGUCCAUGUUUCUCUGGCAAAAGUAGUCCAUGUUCUACUAUUGAAGAGAAGAAUCUAUCUCCGCGUAAAAAUUUCGCAUCAAAAAGUGCAACUCGAGUUAAUAUUCGAGAACUGUUCUCGUCCAGUAAGAAACCUCCACAAACUGAUAAUGUACUUGUCAUAACUAAAGCAGAAGAAUGCAAUAAACCACAACAACAACAACAACCACAGCAGCCCCAAUCACAGGAACACCCACACCAGCAGGAACCUCCUCAUGAUGAAGAAACAACGAAAAUCAGCUGGAAUGAAAUGGUCGAGAUGGAAAUCCCACUCGAAAUCUCGGUAGAAAAACGCGAUCAAUAUGCCCAAACAGAUUUGGAAGAUGAGAACCUCACACUCGCAGAAAUUCGUGAAAAAAUCCGCAAACAAGAAGAACAAGCCAACGAAAGUACCCAAGAAAGUGAGUGCUCCGUAAUAAGCCGCGAGCCUACAGCUGUUGAGAUGACCAUAAAAAAACUGACUGCCAUGGAAAAUGAAAUCUUAGCCAAAGACGCUAAGAAACCCGCAACUCCACCAACAACUGAAGUCAAAAAAAUCGAUCCAGUAAAACCUGUAGAACCGAAAAAAGUCCAAAAUAGCCCUCUCAAGUAUUCCAGUGUUGUGAAUCGACCACCUGCCAAUAGAAUUCUCGGUGCAGCUAAAGUUAAUUCCACUCGUCCCACAACUCGACCUGUUAAUUCAGUGCAAUCGGUGCAAAAACCACAACCAGCAGUAACAACUCGUCGUUUUCCCAUUCCAAAGCCUGCAAAUAUUCCACCCACGAAUGUUCCACGCCGUAAUCCCAUUUCAAAUGCUGCUCCUCCGCCUCCUCUUUCGGCGAGGACAAAUGUCCGACCAACAAAUACAGGGUCUCGGCUUGCCACACGAUCUCGUACUAUGAUUGAAAUGCCCAAUAAAAAUCAAAGACCAUUCCAAUCGAAGGCAGCUUCAAGGAAAUCUUCUAGAGAAGAUGUUACCAGUUCCAGUUCGACACUCAAAGCGAGUAAUGAAAGAAUUGGUUCGUCCAGGGGAAGCGUUUUUGAUCCACAGGAACGACGAUCAGAGCCUAAGCAGUUGACCAUAGAUUCCACCCACAAUGAUGGUGGAUGGUUGACUGUGAAGAAUCGUCGUCGGUCAAGUUUACACUGGGCCAAUCGAUUCAAUCAACCAACUGGAUAUGCCAGUUUACCAACUCUAGCUCUGUUGAAUGAGAAAGAAGAGCAGCAGAGAGAUGAGGGAAGGACAUCUCCCCCUCCUCAGCCUCCUCCAUCGAAUCGUCGAUUGUCAAAGGAAAAACUCGCAACGAAACCAACACCAAAGGUAGCUCCCGAGAAGUCGUUGGUAAAAACAUUGUCUAAACCAGAAAUCAAAAAUGCCAAGGCAAAGGUGAAUUCACUUCCUCAACGAGCACCUGGAAAAUCUAUUCUCACCUCUGGAAGUGGUCUCAAUUCCUCAUCGUCAUCCUCGGGAGGGCCAUCAAAUACUCGUCAAACUUUCAUAAAACGACAGAAAUCCGAUCUCACAGGUUUGAAGAUAACUUCCCUGCAUAAGGAAUAUAUGCGGAGUGAAAAGUUCCAUAAGCUUCCUGGACAAUCUAGAGAAAGCAAUGAAAAUUUGGACAAGGAAAAUAUAUCCGAAGUGGCUAAAAGUGCUACUCCAGAUUUAGAUGGUGAUGCCAAUAAAAUUGACAUUAAAAUCCAGACCAAUCGGGAUUUUUCCAAGGCCAUUGGAGACCUUUACCAGGCUGUUGCAGCUAAUCAUACUUUGUCAAGUUGUGAUGAGAGUGAGGAGAAGGACGAUACAGAUUGUGAUGAGGAUCAAAGGAAGCUUCUGGAAGAAGAGGAAUCUCUUCGAAGGCAAAUUCGUGAGUUGGAGAAUACAGAAAUUGAUGUGGAUACAGAAACUGAUGAAACUGAUUGCGAGGUAUUGCUCGAGAAGGAGCGUGAGUUUGAUGAUGAUGAUAAUGAUGCUGGGGUGGUUUUUGUUGAAGAUGAAAAUCUUAGUUUAGAGACGCGGUAUCAGGCCUUACUUUCCGAUAUGUCAUGGGGAGAACGUGAAGAAGCACUGGCAACAUUGCAGGCAUAUGUUAGCCGGCAUCCUGGCAGAGCUCAGGAAUUGCAUCAGAAAUUGUCAAGUCCUUCAAGAAGGCGUUCACUUCAAGAGACUCUGAAGAAGUAUCAAGCAAAGCAGAAUCGAGCUCAACAAAAGCGUGCUGAUCUGCAAAAGGAAAAGGCCAUCAAAAUUCAACAUUUGCUGGCUCGAGUUGAAGAUGUCAAAGCUGCCAAGCAGCAUUUGAUUGAAGAAAAACGUCUGAAAAUGGAAGGACGACUACAACGCGCAGCUGAAAACCGGAAUCAAUACCUUCGGCAGAUAAUCGAGAAAGCUCAUGACGAGGAGAAAAAACUGAAAGAAAUAGUUUUUAUCAAAACCAUGGAAGCCCAAAAUAAGCGUUUGGACUUACUCGAGUCCUCCAAAGAGACCGAAGUACGUUUGCAAGAUUUGGAACAAGAGCGUCAGAAGAAACUUGAAGAAAAGGCUGCUAAGGAAGCAGCUGUUGAAAGAAGAAGGCAAGAAUUGGAACAAGCUCGACAAAAGAAACUGGAAAAAAUGAAUGAAACAAGGUUGGAGAAGGAACAGAGAAUAGGCAAAAUGCAAGAACAAAAGGAAAAACAGCGACAGGCAUUGGCUAGAGAGAAAGCCCGGGAUAGGGAAGAGAGAUUACUUGCUCUUCAGGUGCAACAGCAACAAACCACAGAAGAACUGCAGCGAAAGAUCUUGCAAAAACAAAAGGAAUCAGCUCGACGUCAUGAAGAGAAUAUUGAACAUAUUCGACAGAGGGCGUUAGAGUUGACUAUUCCCGGACGGAAUGUCGAUGAGAAUGGCCAGCGGGAGGAUGGAGAAGAUGUUGAAGGUGAUGCCACCAAUGGGGAUGGAGAUUUAUCGUCGACGGUUUCAGAUGUUAGUCGAGAACAUUCCAGGGGCUAUAAGAAGAAGAUGAAGAAACUUAAACAGAGGAUGUCAUUGAACGCUGAGGAAUACUUAAAAGAACUUCAACCAGUUCCAAUGCACAUGAAGCGUGAAAGUCAAGUUCCGAAAUAUUUGAAUCUCAUUUCGAAAGGUGGUGGUCCACAAGGGCUUGAACGACCUUUGGGACAAUUGGUGCGAUUAAUGGCCAAGGCCCAAGUAUUUGAUUUUCAGUGCUUUUUGUUGAUGGAUGGUCUGGGAAUUAUAACAAAUUGCGUUGUAACGAAGGGAAUCGAACCAAACUCUGAAAUUAGUAAAAAAGCAAUUAUCUUGGCAGUUCAAUUAUAUCGAAAUGCUUGCACAUUAUGUCCGCAAAUUGGUCGGCAUUCCAUUUUGGGUAAUUCCAUUACGGCACUCUUUGAUUGUUUGUUCCAGAGUUUACAAUUACCGGAGGAGAAAUCUCCCCAGCAUCCCGUUGAGCUAUCAACUGAAUUAAUGCUCGCUUGCACUGUGGCGCUAUCUCCAUCUUAUACCAAGAAACACUCACACCCCAAAGUACUGGAACGCCUACCGGAUCUUAUAAGCUAUGCGGUGGCGACAGGUCUUGUUGAAAUCCUAUCCAGACGCUGCAUGAAGAUCCGAGAGUCAAUUGAACAGCAUCAGAGUGUUGUCCUGUCGUUGCUGGCCACCCUGGGAUUCCUGACGCGAUUCGUCGAUGUUUGUCCACCUGGCUCAGCAGAUUCAACACGUUUCCUCAGUGCGGCUAAGUCAACAGAGCUCUUUGGAUCGAUAUCGAUGCUGUAUUCCAGUGUGGUGCCAAUUGGUGAAUGCAUUCCACCGAGAACGAUUUCGUUAGCGGCUGCUACCUUUAAUUUACUUGUCUCAAUGGCUGUUUUAGAUUUAACUACUUUUCAGGAAGUCCUUUCGGGGGAAUCCCUUUCGUUGAAAUUUUUAGAUGUCGUUACCAUAUUGUUGAAAUAUUGUGGUAAUAAAUGUUCGGCAAAUAAAAAUAGCGAAACCCAAGCUGUGAUCAUCGAUUUAAUUGCAACAAUUGGUUUCUUUUGUGCAAAUAAUAAAAAACAUCAAGACCUCUUAACCUCGGAACAAAGUUCCAUAAUAAUAAAGAGCUUAACCAAACUACCUGAACAUCUCAAUGUUGUCAUCUAUCCAUGCCUAGUCACUAUAACGUUCCAAAACGAAGAAGCUCGCAAAGUGAUCUCUCGUGACUUUAGUUUAGAGUUUCUUGAUGAAUACAGCAAAUCAGAAAAAGCGAAAAAGAAUCAUCUGGUGGCUUUGUUGAAGGACACAACAUAGAUUCUCUUGGUGCAAUCUUCAAUGUGAUGAGCCUGAGCCGCCUUCUCUAAUAAAAAAAUCUAAUCAUCUUUUUUAAAUUGGUUUAACCUAUUAACCAUGACGUGAUAGCACUUAUACUUAAACAAAAUGUCUUAUCUUUUUGUUUGUUUUUUUUCCAUUCCCCUUUCCCUUUAUUUUUUUUUAUUUGUUGUUCCUCAAAAAAAACAUCACAUUUUUUUUUGUUCUUAGCGCUCUUAAAAAAAAUACCGUUUUGUAUAUUAUUAGGCUAGUUGCUGCUAUUUUUUUAAAAAAAUAAUUUAUUAACACUUUUUUUUUUGUAUACAUUUAAGGAUUCUAU